AUGUCGUUUUUACUUAACAUCUCACAAGUAAAUGCUCUUAGUGACGAACGUUUUGAGUAUGUGUUUAGAAACGUAAUUGAAUUAUAUCCCGCAGCUGCGGUAGAAGUAGGGAAGAAACGACCAUUUAAUAAUUCAACAGAAUUAUGUGCUGCUUUUGACAAUUAUUUGGAAGAGCUGAGUACGGCAGAAAAGAACAAGGUAUUCAAAUUUCAUCCAGAUUUAGCCGGAAAGAUUUCACAAAUGGGAGAGUUAACGCCAGAAUCUACAAAAGAGCAGAAUUCUGCUGGUUUAAAUCAAUUGAAUUCAGAACAGAAAAGUUUGAUAAACCAUUAUAAUGAAAGUUACAAAGAAAAAUUUGGAUUUCCAUUCAUUGUAUGUGCAAGGGAGAAUAAAGUAGCAUCAAUAUUAGAAGGCCUGCAAAUCCGAUUGAAAAACUCGUCUUUCCAGGAAUAUCAAACUGCAUUAAACGAAGUGAAAAAGAUAUGCAAAUAUAGAAUCUAUGACAUUGUUGCCGAAAAUUAACCUUUCUCAUGCAUUGUAAUGAACCAAAAUUUUAAAUAAUAAUAAAAUUUCAUUGUGUACCUAUGAUUUCUUCAUUAAUACAUUUAACAAGUUAUAACAUAAUAAUAUAUAAAUUGAAUGAUAGGUCAGAGGAUCCUUCCCGCUACGUAUCUGCGUGGUAACGACUAUGCCUAUUCACCAUCAGACGCGAUGUGGGAUCAUUCAUAUAGUCUACCUAGUGGCAAUGAAAAAAUUUAUUAAAAUAUACAAAUAACACUGAAUAUAAUUAGCCCGAUAGAUGUAACACUACAAUAUAAUUUUUAUGCCACAUAGAACAAAUGG